GGGGCGGAUGAAGAGAGUUGAUGAUUGUGAUUUUUUGGUACCGAGCGGAGAGGAGAUGCACACGGCACUCGAGUGAGCUGCAGUGCUCAGUCCAGCCAACCCCUGAUCUGUGGUCUGUCAGGUAGCUGAAUGACCCCUCCCGGUGAGGGCCCUAUAGAGGACUAGACCAUCGCACGGCCGUCGUUGAGGUGUAAGGACUCAUUUGAUCGGCUCAAGUGUGUCCGUUUGUGUUGAGUUGAAGACCUCCUAUGAGCACAAGGACUGAGGCGAGGCGAGGAAAAUCAGUGCUACGAUAAGUCAGAAGGAGGGAGCCUAAUAUUAUGGGGACCAGAAGUGAAGGAACAAUGCGUGUCCAUGUGCACACCAAGUUCUGCUUCCUGUGUGCCCUCACAUUCCUGUUCCAGUGCGUCCACUGUCACGAGGAGGGCCAGAACGGCGAGCAUCCACAAGGCGAUGGCCACGGCCACGGCCACGUCCACAACGACCUGCAGAUCUCCCAGGCCCCGUACGUGGGCGGAGCCGCCACUCCGUCCCCCAAGUCCAGCCAGGUCACCGCGUCCAUGCUAGCGGAGAAGCAGCACUUCUACGUCCAGCAGCUAUUCAAGCGCUACGGCAAAAUGGGCCGGCUGGACUUUCAGGGCUUCCAGACCCUGCUAGUCAGCCUGGGCCUUGGCGAGGUGAAGGUGGUGGGCACCGAGCACGAGGAACUAGGCCACGAUCAUGUCGCCCACCUGGACAUGCUGGACGUGCAGGAGGGGCUUCACUCUCAUUUCCCCACUGACGGCCACCACCAUGGAAAGGCCGGUCACCAUCACCCCCACACUGAAAGGGCGACAAUAAAGUGCAGCAAACAGGACAGCGAGGCCAGUCCGACGGCCGACGGCGGCCCACUGCAGGACCAUAACCACACGCACGACCAGGACAAGGACCCAGACCACGCCCACGAGGUACAAGACCAGCAUAAACACUCAGCCGGCCACCCCAAGGGCCACGCGCACAAGCACGGCCAUGGCCACGCUCACAGCCCCGACAAGGAGCACGUUCACGGGGCGAUGCCUGUCAUAAGGGCAGACGUCUCCCGACAGCUCGACGACCACGAUCAUGACCCCCCACAGCAAACACUAUCCACCACCGACCUUUCAUCCACCCACCCAGAGCAGCUUCCCAGAGCCCAGACGGAGCCCCCCGUAGCCCCCCAGCAGCAUCUCCCGGAGGCUACGUCCCCAGAGUCCGAGCCGCCGACCGCCGCCGCGGCAGAGAGCCGGACCAAGCGGCCCCGGAAGACCACCAGGGACCGAGGGCAGCGGGCUCGGAACAGAACCGCCUCCUCCGCUCUACCGGGGGAGCAGGGCAGCGGCAAGCAGCACCGUAACCAUGAACAGAAACACAACCACGACCGAGAACACAACCUUGAACACAAUCAUGAGCAGGAGCACGACCACAGCCACGACCACGACCACGACCACAGUCCGGGCAGGAAACGGAAGAGGGAAGCACCGGGGGGGCCUCUCCCCCCAACUCCCUCAGCUCCAUCAGGUCCUGGUAAUUUAAGGGGAGUGGCUCACCAUCACGAAGAGUGUCUGAACCUGACCCAGCUGCUGAGGUACUACGGUCUGAACCCAGACUCUCAGAUCUCCCAGGCCCAGUUUACCUACCUGUGCCCCGCCUUGCUCUACCAGAUAGACAGCCGGCUCUGCAUCCGCCACUUCCACCAGCUGGAGGUGGAGCAGAAAGACAUCGAUCACGUCUACUCUGGGUGGGUCUGGAUGUGGGGCUUUGUGUCCAUCACCAUCAUCAGCCUGCUUUCUCUGCUGGGCGUGGUGCUGGUGCCUAUCCUCAACCAGUCCUGCUUCAAGUUCCUGCUCACCUUCCUGGUGGCGCUGGCCGUGGGCACGCUUAGUGGCGACGCCCUGCUGCACCUGCUGCCCCACGCUCAGGGGCAGCAUACCCAUGGGGAGCCGGCUGCGGCAGGGGCCCCCGAGGACUGGCUGACAGCCUUCGACGGGGUGUGGAAGGGCCUGACGGCGCUGGCGGGAAUAUACCUGCUGUUCAUCAUCGAGCACUGUAUCGGCAUGGUCAAGCACUACAAAGACCAAGGGGGAACCUUCUGUGCCCGGAAGAAGCGGGGAGAAGAAGGAAAGAUCGGCAGAAAGCUGUCGGACCAUAAGCUGAACCGGCGCUCUGACACAGAGUGGCUGAACCUCAAGCAUCUGGACAAAGGGGCUGACGGCGGCACAGUGGGCUCCUGUGACAACGGCCACAACGACACCCAGCUCAGCGAGCUCCAGCCCCCCGAGUCCCCCUCCGCUAAGGCCCCGCUGGCCCCCGCAGAGCUGGCGCAUACCACCCCCACCAGGGACAAGGGCAAGAAGCACGGCCACUCCCACGGCCACGGCCACUCCCACGGCGGCAACUGCCACACGGACCAGGAGAUGAAGGACGCGGGCAUCGCCAGCAUCGCCUGGAUGGUGAUCAUGGGGGACGGCAUGCACAACUUCAGCGACGGCCUGGCCAUCGGUGCGGCCUUCAGUGCAAACAUCACUGGAGGUAUCAGCACGUCGGUGGCCGUCUUUUGCCACGAGCUGCCCCACGAACUGGGGGACUUUGCGGUGCUGCUGAAGGCGGGGAUGUCCGUGAAGCAAGCCAUCGUGUACAAUCUGCUGUCGGCGCUCAUGGCGUACGUGGGCAUGGUUAUCGGCACGGCCGUGGGCCAGUACGCGCACAACGUCACCAGCUGGAUCUUCGCCGUCACCGCCGGCAUGUUCCUCUACGUGGCGCUGGUGGACAUGCUGCCUGAGAUGCUACACGGGGACAGCGAGGAGCACAAGCGUUGCCAGCUGGGCCACUUCCUUCUCCAGAACCUGGGCCUGAUGACCGGCUUCGUCCUCAUGCUGCUCAUCGCCAUCUUCGAGGAUCAGAUCGUCUUCAACUUUGACUGGGUGUAGAUUGGGUGGGAGGGCAGGGAGGGUGGGAUGGGGUUGUGUGUGUGUGUGUGUGUGUGUGUUGGGGGUCAAAGCUAGAUGUGUGGAUGUUGUGCUUCCCAGCCUCAACAUACUGUGCUUGCUACGUGACGGUCCUGUCUUGCAUGCAUGGUGAAGCUCACAGCAGUGGCUUAUGCAUCGCAUCAUCAUCAUCAUCAUCAUCAUCAUCAUCAUCAUCAUCAGUUUGAUGUUGGCAUGCCCCCCCGCUAUCUUCAUCGCUGUCCAUUCAAACCUGAUGCCUGAAGGACUCCAAACAGGACCCCCACACACCCCGGCUGGUGGCUGUCGCCCUCAUCCUCCUCCUCCUCCUCCACGUCACACACACAUCUGUGGAGCGUCGCCACUGGUAAUCCAUCAUGGAGCUGUGUUGUCAUGCCGAUGUCGCCGCGGUGUCACGUACUGAGCAUCUCUUGUCUCGUCUGUGUCAGGCCCUCGCAUCACAAACUCUCGUCGCCACGGUUACGUCCACGGCCAAUCAAAAUGAAGGAAGCCAUGCCGCCUUUUUGACGCAUCGACAUGCAAACGCGUCAAGCACUCCUUGGCUCGGAAUAGCAAACUCUCAUUGGCUCGUUAGUUCCUCUAGUGUCUUUAUUUAUGUGUAGUAUUUGUUUGAAUGUCUGAUUUGUUAUUUCUCAGUUACUGCGCACGGUGCCAGCAUUGAAACAGCAAUGCUGACAAUGCCUUUAAAAAGAGAUGGACUCUUCGGACUACAGGCAUAACAUUUAUGUUUGUUUUAGGAAGACUAACAGAAAUUUCUGAAUGAUGCUGUUCUAGAGAGAUAAUCAAUGUCAAAAUGUGAAUUUAGCAAUAGGGACGUCUCUGACGGCAUAAACAGUGUUUUAGUUUACUAGGUUAUUGAGCAUCAGAAGCUGCUGUGCCAAAAUCCUUGGCCCCGCUGCAGACCUUUUACGUUCAAUUCAGGCAACAGAUUACACCUCGCGAUAUUGACAAGCUGCAACAACAGAAAUACUAAUGCAAUGAAUCGAAAAGCAACAACCCAUCACUGCAAUCACUGCUCAUCUUAACAUUAUAUUAUCUUCUCAUGUUUACUUUGUGAUUCUGACAAUCUCAAGACAAUGGUAAGGACAGCGGUCGUCUUGCGCGGUACGUUCUCAUCGGUGCUCUAUGGUGUGUCCUCAAUGUAUUACACGAUGCGUUCACAUAGUACAUGCAGACAGGACGUCCUCAAAGUGAGCGCCCACAUGGUGCAUCACUACGGUUUGUCCUAGUCUCCUCCUUCUGGUUCAUGCACACGGUACGUCCUGAGUGCAUUCACAUGGUACCCCAUGUCGUUUACCUCUUACACUUUUUUAUUUUGUUGGGGUGAUAUUUCCCCCUUUAUGCCACAUGUGUCAAAAAUGGCAGUUAUUGGAUUCAUUUUUUGUUCUCCAGCCACGUACUAAGUUUGUCAAAAAGUGGCUGGUGCUCGUCACAAUCACACAUUCCACCUAACAUUCCAUUGGGUGUGCUCAUCCCAGGCUAGUACGCCAGGCUAACAUGCUUUAGCUUGGUAGCACGCCAGGCUAAAAAGCUUUAGCUUGGUAGCACGUUAGGGGUAGCCUGAUAGCAUGCUAGGCUAACUCCCUGUAGCCUGAUGCCAAGCUAGGCUAGCAUGCGUUAUGUGUGCUAGCCUAGCGUAAGCGUGCUCCCGUGAGCACACCCAUAUUUGUGACUUUGUUUAUCCUGUCACCAUGUGACAUCCAUCGUAUGAAGAAUCCUGGUCGUCACAUUAAAGUAAUGUAUUUGAUCUGAGUGAAUCAUGCAUGAUGCGUGAGUGGAUGGUAGACUGUAAAUCCUCUAUCAGGCGAUCAGAACUUUAUGUACUAUAUAUUUUAUUUUGGAGCUCCACUGAUUGACACCAAUGCCCAAAGUUUUUCUGGGCUGGUGUCCAACGUUCUCAAACGGCCUUCUAAGUAAGUGUCUGGCAGAGAAUGUUGAUCCAUUUUUAAAUACGCCUUAAGGGUACAUGCCUGUCAAUUAUUUUUAUUUUAAGUAAUUAAAGUCAUGUCAAAGGAAAAAGAGGUUGAUCUAAUAAUUUGAUCGUGUCAGACAAUAUGGAUGAUAACAUAAUUUGUACCCUUGUCCAACACCAAAUUGCUCCAUCCAAAAAAAUAAGGGCUCUUUAACUAAAGCUCAUUAUUUAUGUUUAAUGAAACGUUAAGUCAAAUGUUUUAGUUGUUGGAACAUAUUUUUUUUAUGUGGCCUAUGACAUGUAAGUCUGGCACUGUUUUUGCAGUUUAUCUGUUGAAGAAUACGACUUUUGGAGCCGCUAAGCCCCCCAAGAAGUGCUUGUUUCUCGGAACCCAGACAACACUGUUGUCUGGAAAACAAAGAAGGCCAAUUGUUUUGGUUUGUGUAUAUAUUGUUAAGGAGCUUGGGUAUGGUUGCAUUGCAAUGUGAUGUCAUUGCCAAUUAUCUGUCUUGUACAUUUUCCUCAUGAGUCCAAUAAACAUGAAAAACAUC